UUGGGUGUGGUGUGUCAUUUUGGCAUACUUCCCCUUAAGAAAUCUGUAGUCAGCGACACCUUCUCACUCACUCAGCAUCACCACCAGCUGCAGCCAGACUGUGUGUUGUGUGGAAGCAGAGCUCCAGUGGUUCGAGUGUGAUGAUAGCCUGUUUGAUCACAGGAGUUCCACACUAAUUCCCGUGCAGCUCGUACCAGCUCGGUUCCGCCUGUUCCUACCCACAGCCUUGAUCUUGACCAGCCCAGCUGCUGCUAUGAAUGUCUUUUCAUCCCUCACCUCCUCCUCAUCCUGCCCACACUUGUACCACAUACCCAGUUACCCCAGCAACAUCACCAUAUCAAACGACACCACUGCAGCCAACGAGAUCAACCAUGUGAUCUUGAGGCAUUACAACCACACCGGCCGCCUGCAGAACAGGACCAUCUCAAACACCCAGAACCACAUCAGUGCCCCCAUGGCCGUCUUCCUAUUCUUCAGUAUUUUAAUCAUCCUGGAAAAUCUCCUGGUGCUUGUGGCUGUCAUCUCCCGCAUCCGCCACAGCCGACGCUGGGUUUACGUCUGCAUUGCCAACAUCACACUCAGUGACCUCCUCACCGGCACUGCCUACCUGGUAAACAUUUGUAUGUCUGGCAGCCAGACGUUUCGCCUCACCCCGGCUCUGUGGCUCUUCAGGGAAGGGAUGCUGUUUGUGGCCCUGGCAGCAUCCAUAUUCAGUUUGUUGCUGAUUGCUGUGGAGCGUUACACCACUAUGAUGAAGCCACUGCCCCAGAAGUCAGCCCGGAAGACCUACUAUAGGAUCUAUGGCUUAGUAGCACUCUGCUGGGUUUUGGCGCUGGUGAUUGGGUUUCUCCCCUUGCUGGGCUGGAACUGUGUGUGCAGCCUGGACGGAUGUUCCACCCUCCUUCCUCUCUACUCCAAGACCUACAUCUUUUUCUCUCUCAUCAUCUUCUUCCUUAUCCUCCUGGCUAUCGGUGUGCUCUAUGGUGCCAUCUACUGCCAUGUGCACAAGAGUGCACAGCUGGGUCCAAAGCGCAGUCGCAAACGCUCUUUGGAUCUGCUCAAAACUGUGAUCACCAUUGUUGGGGUCUUUUUGCUUUGCUGGGGACCACUGUUCCUGCUGUUACUAGUGGAUUUCUUCUGUGCCUCCCGCCAGUGUGCACUGCUUUUUAGCGCUGACUUUUGCAUCUCCCUGGCUGUCCUCAACUCCGGCCUAAACCCCAUCAUCUACGCCCUGGGCAGCGGGGAGUUGAGGAAGGCUAUUGCUGAGCUGCUGUGCUGCUGCUGCCUGAAGGCCGGCCUCUGUCACCCAGACAAAUUCACAUCCAAGGAGACCAGCAGCACCUCAGAGAGCAGGAGGGACAGUCUGAGGAACAGUUUUAACAAGGUUAGGAACCUGAGCGUGGCCUCCCCACCAUCAACUCCUAACAAGCCUCGUAGGGCACCCCGAAAAUAUAGGCUGAGCUCCACCACCAGCUGCCUGUCAGUUUCAAGUGGUUAAACCACAACAUGGUCCCCUCCCAAGCGAAAAAGACCUGUGUGCACUGAUACACAUCUAACCGUUUCCUCUGAGUUUUGGUUUGAAUGUGCUUUGCCUGCAGGUACUUGCACUGAUGAUUGCCCACUGUCAGAAAACCUGUUAAAUAAGAAU